UCCAAGAAUCUCAAAUAUCUCUCUCGUCAAACUCCUAACUUUUAAUUUCUAGACCUUACCUAGGCAAUGAUAUCAUUCUUUAGGGGAUUUUUCUCCAAUGUUUCAGUAUAAGAGGUGGGUAGAGUAGUCGUGAAAAUGGUGGGAGAGAAGAGAGAUAUCAGCUGCAUCAACCAUGGCUCAUACCGAAAAGUCACUGCAGAACAGCUCAUUUCAACUACAUUCCAGUAUGUCUAAGAAGAUAUCUGUGCUCUUAUUCAUCGGAUUUCUGGCGUGGGCUUAUCAGGCCAUCCAACCUCCACCUCCCAAGAUCUGUGGCUCUGCAAAUGGCCCAUCUGUUACAGCUCCUAGAAUAAAGCUCAGAGAUGGAAGGCAUUUGGCCUACAAGGAGAACGGUGUCCCCAAAGACAAGGCCAAGUAUAAUGUCAUCUUUGUUCAUGGCUUUGACUCCUGCAGAUACGAUGUCAUCCGCCUAUCUCAGGAAACUGCUGAAGAAUUGGGCAUCUACUUGGUGUCUUUUGAUAGAGCCGGGUAUGGAGAGAGUGAUCCUAAUCCAAAACGAACAGUGAAGGAUACAGCUUUGGAUAUUGAAGAGCUUGCAGACCAGUUGGGAAUGGGGUCUAAGUUCUAUGUGGUUGGGUUUUCCAUGGGUGGACAAGUGAUUUGGACCUGCCUCAAGUAUAUUCCUCACCGGCUAGCAGGAGCAACUCUAAUAGCACCCGUCGUUAAUUACUGGUGGCCUGGUUUUCCGGCCAACUUGUCCAAAAAAGCCUAUAAACAGCAACUCCCAGCGGACCGGUGGGCAGUUGGGGUGGCUCAUUACGCGCCAUGGCUCACUUACUGGUGGAACACCCAGAAAUGGUUUCCUUGUUCCAACGUCAUAGCCCACAGCCCUGAUAUUCUUAACACCCAAGAUAAAGAGCUUUUCAGCAAGUUUGAAAGCAGAGAAGCCUACGGGGCACAGAUAAGGCAGCAAGGCGAAUUCGAGACGCUGCACCGUGACAUGAUUGUUGGUUUCGGAAGGUGGGAGUUUGAUCCUAUGGAACUCGAGAACCCGUUUCCAAACAACGAAGGUUCGGUUCACUUGUGGCAUGGAGAUGAAGAUGGGCUUGUUCCUGUCAUCCUGCAACGCUAUAUUGCUGAGAAGCUGCCAUGGAUUCACUAUCACGAGCUUAAAGGUUCAGGCCAUAUGCUUCAUUACAUUGAUGCCAUGCCUGAUACCAUCAUAAACACCAUGUUGGUUGGACUGAAGUAAUUAUAUAACUUAAUUUUGAACCGAUGUAGUUCGCUGUUUGAUCUUCUCUUCUCCUUAAUUUAUUGGGUUAAUUACCUUCUGGUUAUUUUC